UGGGAAUAAGGCAGCUCUCGUGUUCUAUGUCACCGGCAAAUAACCCGGGCGUUCGAAAAAAGCCAAACCACCACCACCCACACCACCACCAAGCCCUCUCCAAACACUAAACUCCUUCAAAAUGAGCCCGGAAGCCUGGCUCCCGCAGCCCACCUUGUACCUCACUGGCCUCAGCUUGCUGCUCUCGCUGGCGCCCUCGGGACUGGGCAUGGAGGUGAUGGCUCCUGCCACCAUCAACGCCUUGAACGGCACCUCCGUGAAGCUCUCCUGCACCUUCAACUCCUGCUACAAGGUGGAGAACAAGCAGUUCUCCCUCAACUGGACGUACCAGGAGUGCAAGAACUGCUCUGAGGAGCUGUUCCUGCAGUUCCGGACGAAGAUCAUGAACAAGCAGCUGGACCGCUUCGGGAACCGCGUGGAGUUCACCGGGAACCCCACCAAGUACGACGUGUCCUUCACCCUCAACAACGUGCAGCUGGAGGACGAGGGCACCUACAACUGCUAUGUCCUCAACCCCCCCGACCGGCAGCGGGGCCACGCCAGCAUCAGCCUCAAGGUGCUCACCAAAGAGCCCCCGAAGCGCGACUCGACGGUGGCCGUCAUCGUGGGCGCCUCGGUGGGCGGUUUCCUGGCUGUGGUCAUCCUCGUGCUGAUGGUGGUGAAGUGCGUGCGCCGGAAAAAGCAGCAGAGGCUGAACACGGACGACCAGAAGACGGAGGAGGAAGGGAAGACAGACGGCGAAGGCAACCCAGACGAGGGCACCAAGUAACGCCCCCUGCCCGCCCCCCUU